AUGGCGACACUACUCGAUCUUCCCGAAAACCUCAGGCAGAUUGCUACCUUUAGUCAGAACGGAAACAACGAAGGCUUAACCCAAAUGAUGGCGAAUUUUAAUGGGAAUGUGAAUGCCAUAUUGACUACGGAGGGUCACUCGGCUCUUCACCUUGCUGUUCUAGGUGGUCACGCCGGCUGUGUUACGGUUCUUCUCUCCCAUGGAUCGGACGCCAACGCGACAAUGGACGGUGGAAAUACGGUGAGACUAUCGCCAUUGCACUGCGCUGCUAGAGUCGGGAAAAGGACCAUCGUGGACUCGUUGCUUGCUGCGGGUGCCUCACUGACGGCAAAAAACAGUUCGGAAAAGACGGCGUCGAUGAUAGCGGAACCCGGAACUUCUCUCGGUCUAGACGGCGUCGAUGAUAGCGGAACCCGGAACUUCUCUCGGAGACAAGCUCGUUGA